CACAGGUGGGUGCACUGCUGGGCACAGGUGGGGGCACUGCUGGGCACAGGUGGGGGCAUUGCUGGGCACGGGUGGGUGCACUGCUGGGCACAGGUGGGUACACUGCUGGGCACAGGUGGGUGCACUGCUGGGCACGGGUGGGCGGAGCUAGUGGGCGCACUGCUGGGCGGAACUUGCGGGUGGCACUGCAGGGCACCGAUCAUCAGGGCACUGAUCAUCAGUGCCCUGAUGAUCGGUGCCGAUCCCCGCUCUGACAACUGCCGGUUCUCGGCAGUACUUUCCUCACGAUCUGACAGCGUGAGGAAAGUGCAGCCGAAAACCAGCACUUGC